GUCUCCUCUCCUCCUCUCUCUCUCUCUCUCUCUAUCUCUCUCUCUCUCUCUGGAGAAAUUUCUGCAGAGCGGAGCAGAGAGCCAAAGCAUAGGAGAAACCGACAUUGUCCAUUUUAGGGUUCUGUUUCUUCUCGCCAUUGGAGCUCAUUGUCGUCGGACUUGGUCGGUGUUUGUCCUGUUCUUGGUCGUUUCUUCCAUGGAGAAGAUAACUGAAGACUUUGAGUUGGCUCUGCUAAAGAAACAGAGCAUGCGGAGAGUUGUGGAGCAGGUCCAGCAGCAGGCAAACACGGUCAUGAGGUUCGGGCUCCAGUGGCGGGACUUGGAGGAGCAUUUCAACUCCAUCGCCACGGCCAUCACCGAAAGGCUGGAGCAUCUCCGGGUUAGGGAGUGUUCGGUGGAGGAGAGGUUUGCAGAGGUCGCGUCGAGGGAGAGGGAGGUGGAGAAGGCGGCUGAGGAGUUCCAGAGAGAGGUUGUCAUGAGGGAGAGCCGUUUGGAGAAAAGGCUCGAGGAUUGCUCGAGGGAAUGCAGAGAGAAGGAGGAUCGUCUGGAUUCAGCCACGGUGUUGCUCGAAGAUAAGAACAAGGAGCUGAUUUCUGUGACGAAUUCUAUCGAGGAAUGUCGGAGGGAGUUCGAGAAGAAAAAGCAGGACCUGGAUGACUUGCUGAGAAGUAUCAAGACGACUUCGAAUGAGCGUAAGUUGAUGGAAGAGAAUCUAAAUGCGGUGCAGAAACUGGUCGAGGAGUGUUGUAGGGGACUGGAUGAGAAAUCGGUGAAGUUGCAGUUGACGGAGGAUUCGCUCGAGGCACAUUCGAUGGAGCUCGAGUCAAAGAAGAAAGAAUUGGAGUUGAUUCAGGGAGAGAUCAAUGACUGCUGCAAGGAGUUUGGCUUGAAGAAUGAGGAGUUGAGUUUGACUGAGAAAUCUAUUAGGGAAUGCGAUAGGGCCUUUGAAAGGAAAAACCGAGAGCUGACUUCGCUGAGGAACUCUGUUGAGGAAUGUCGGAGGGAGUUCGGGAUGAAAAGGCAGGAACUUGAUGACCUGCUGAGAAGUAUCGAGACGGCUUCGAAUGAGCAAAAGUUAAGGCAGGAGAAGCUGGGCCUGAUGCAGAGGAGGCUUAACAAAUUUUCGAAAGAAUGCAAAGAGAAGGAGGAUCAUCUGGCCUCUGUGAAAGAAUCGCUCGCUGCAUGUCUUCGGGAGACCGAAGUUCAGGGGAAGGAGCUAAUUUUGGUGAGGGAUUCUGUGGAGGGAUGUAGGAGGGAGUUCGGGAAGAAAAAGCAGGAGCUCCAUGUGCUGCAGAGGAGUAUUGAAUUCAGUACAGAUGAGCAUGAAUUGCGGAAGGAGAAGCUGGGCCUGUUGGAGAGGAGGCUUGAGGAAUGCUCGAACAGAUGUCGAGAGAAGGAAGAUUGUCUGGCAUCGGUGAGGAGUUCAAUCGCUGAAUGUGGUCAGGAGGUCGAGUUGAAGGAGAAGGAGCUGGUUUCCGUAAGGGAUUCUGUCGAGGGAUCCCGGAGGGAGUUGGAGAUGAAGAAGCAGGAGCUUGAUGAGCUGCAGAGGAGUAUUGAGUUGAGUACAAAUGAGCAUGAAUUGCGGAAGGAGAAGCUAAAUUUGGUUCAGAAGCUUCUCGAUGAGUGUUCUAGGGGAUUGGACGAGAAAACCUUGAGCUUACAGUCGACGGAGGACUCGCUCAAGAAGCAUUUGAUGGACCUUGAAUUUACUAAAGAUGAACUGGAGUUGGUUCAAAUUGAGAUCAACGACCGCCGUAGGGAGCUUGACUUGAAAAACGAGGAGUUCAAUUUGAUCGAGAAGUCCAUUGCAGCAUGCAAUAAGGCCAUUGAAAUGAAGAACAGUGAACUGCUUUCCCUGCAAGAUUCGUUCAAGACCUCUUGCAAUCGACUUGAUUCAAAGAAGAUGGAACUCGAUAAAAUUCAAAAGUUGAUAGAGGAAUGCACAAGGGAGCUCAGUUUGAAGGAAAAAGAGCUUGGCUCGACCAGAGCAUUGAUCGAUGAGUGUAAUGAGAAGCUUGCAUCUAAGGAGAAGGAUUAUCAUGCCAUCAAGGAGUCCAUUAAGGUGUGCACUGCUGAGGUUGAGUCAAAAAAGAGUGAACUGGCAUUGCUUGAGAAGGCUGUAAAAGAUCUUAAAGUGGAGAGAUCAAAGGAGCAUAAAAUGGUCUCUCUUCCAAAGUGUAUGCAGCGGUUAUCGGAAGAGAUCGGGUUGAAGAAAGCAGAGCUUGCUUCCCUCCAUAAAACUUUACAAGAAGUCAGAGGUGAUCAUGAGUUAAAAGAGAGAGAGUACAGAGUAUUAUGCAACUCUAUCAAGAACCAUAGUGCUGAGCUCAAGACGAAAAAGAAAGAGCUAGAAUCUGCCAAGGCUUUACUUGCCGAACAGGAAGGAAAGCUUAAGCUUAGAGAGAAACAGCUGCAAUCCAGUCGAAUGGAAUUGGCUUUAGUUAGAAGUCAAAGUGAUAAGUGCAGCAAAGAAAUCAACCUGGCUAAAUCUUCACUCGAGGAGCGCUCCAGGGUGCUAGAUAUAAAGGAGAGACAGCUCGAACAGCAGCUGAUGGAUUUGCAUUGCCAUCAAGAACGCUUGCAGUCGCUGCACAAGUCACUGGUGGGCAAUAGGGCAGAGGUUGAAAUGAGAGAGGGAGCUCGGGUUCUUCCUCCUCCGAUUAUAAAGGUUGAAGAAUUGGACUACCCAUCAGCUUCUGCCUGUCCUAUGGAGGAUGGAAUGAACUUGUUGCUGUUUAUUUGCGAGUAUUUUGAGAGGAAUGACUUCGUCCAAGAGAAGCUCUUACAGACAAUUCAAAUGUCGCUUGAUUCUGCCAAGCUGGUCCUAGAGGCAAUGCAGGGGGUUGACCCCAUAAGCUCAAGGAGGCAUGGGAGAAGAUUUGGGAGUGGCGAAAUCAAGAGGAGUUGUCUAUUGCUGUUACACUACUUAGAUGCGGCUUCGCCAAAGAUCGAACCUGAGGUUAAGGAAGCUGCAGUGGCAUUGGCAAACCAGUGGAAGGCUCAGCUGAGUGCUUCUUCACCUCAUUACUUUUUCGGGGUGUUGGCUCUCUUGAGGCUAAUAGUGGUCUAUAAAUUGACCCCUGUGUUUCGUCGUAAUGAGCUCGAAGAUCUUGUGAAUUCCAUAUCCGAGCAUGGUCAAACAAAUGAACUACGAGAACUCCUCGGCUUGUCAGGGCCUCUACCUUCCCCGAACAAUGUCCUUCUCCAUUAGGUCGAAAAGAAGCUUGCUCGGAGCUCUCCAAAAGCUAAUGAUUGUUCCCAACCACAGCAUUCAAACAAGCAUAGCCGCAUGGCCUGAAGAAGUUACUUUCGGGAAUCUCGAAGACUAUCAUAUCAUUAGUAAGAGUGCCAAUUACCCCCAUUUGACUGUUCUUGUUUCUAACGCGUAGUUUAAUGUGAUGAUGCUUGUAAAUAGUUAGGCUGCAUAUAUCGUCGUGUGGAUGUCCCCACAGAGGCUAUAAGGGGCCGUUUGGAUUCAGAGUUAAAGUUACUUUGAUUUUGAUUUUGAUUUUGAUUGUGGAAAAUGACAAAUGAGAUAUGAUUAUAAAUUUGA